AUGGCAGACGACAAGGACGCCGUCGCCGUCAGUGUUCUCGCGGAGGACCCGGAGAAGAAGAAGGGCAAUGACAAGAAGGCCCGCGACACGGAGCCGCUGAAGCUGAGCGAGGAAGACGAACGCAUCAAGAGCCAGGUGGAGCUUCUUGUCACGCGGGCCGGCGACAGCAACCCGGCGCUGGCCGCCACGGCGAUCCAGCAGCUCACCGAGUUGCUGCGGACACACACAGGGGGGAGUGUGGCCUCCGUUCCUAAGCCGCUCAAGUACGUGCGGUCCAUGUACGCACAGCUGGAGAAGGUCUUGAAGGACACAACAGACGCUUCUGUUGCCGUCCGGCUUCAUGACGUUCUUUCGUUUGUUGCCAUGACGAUUGAAUUUCCUGACGGGCGCCGUGCCUCUCUCGAGCACAAGCUUCAAGGGACCCAGGACGACCUGGCGGAAUGGGGGCACGAGUACCUUCGCUUCCUUGCCGGCUCCAUCAGCGCGGAGUGGAAGGAGCGCACCGGAAGGGCAGAGGGCGUCAACCACCUGGCGGGUUUCGUGCAGCAAAUCGUCAGCUACAUGGUGUCGCACCAGGAUGAACCCACGGCCGUUGACCUCCUGAUUGAGGUGGAGGACAUGAGUGCCAUACUGCCGCUCACCGACAGCCAUAACCACAGGCGCAUUGCUAGCUAUUUGGCCGCCGUCAGCAAGUACCUGACACGUCCCAUGGAUACCGCGGCGCUCCGGGUGGUGUAUGACAUCUACCUCAAGAUGGAGUCGUACAACGAGGCGUUGUUUGUGGCGCUGCAGUUGGGUGACCGGGGACUUGUGAGGGACCUUUUCGAAAAGUGUCAUCGUGCUGCCGCUCGCCUGCAAAUGGCACUAACCUGCGCGCGCUAUAGACUGUAUCUUGAAAUUGACAACGAAGAAGAAGAGCUGCUCAGUGAAGCUAUGGGUAAUAUGCGUCUUUCGCAAAUGUACCGUCAUGCGGCUGAGGAUCUGGACUCAAUGGCUCCAAAGAGUCCGGAGGAUAUUUUUAAGACAGGCAUUGACGGGCAGGAGUUGACCACCUCCAGUGAUAGUUCGUUUAAGCUGGUGUGCGCCUUUGCCAGUGGUUUGGCAAACUGCGGUUUUGGCAAGGACACAUACCUCACUGAGAAAAACGUCUCCUGGCCGUACGAGCAAACUGAAAACCGUCUCAUCGCGACGACGGCCAUGCUGGGGCUUAUUCAUCUCUGGGACCACGCGGAGGGUCUUCAAGAGAUCUACAAGUACUUUUACUCGGAUGCCGCCAACAUCAAGGCUGGGGCCUGCCUUGCCGCUGGGGUGGCAAUGUGCGGCGUAACAAAUCUCUUUGAUCCUGCGCUGGGGCUCCUUUCGGAUUGCGUCGGAUCUCCGCAAAAGGAGGUGAGUAUUGGCGCCAUUCUUGGCCUUGGAUACGCCUAUGCCGGGACCCAGAGGGAGGAUGUCAGGGAGCUGUUGAUGCCCAUCCUGGUGGACACGGACCAGGCGCUGGAGGUGCAGUGCAUGACGGCCUUUGCACUUGCCAUGGUGUUCGUUGGCUCGGCAGACGAGGGCCUUACAGAGACGAUGGUGAGUUGUCUCAUGGAGUUUGCCGAGGAGCAAUUAAAAGAGCCGGCACUCUGCUACUUUAUUUUGGCUGUGGGUUGCCUGGUGCUCGGCAAGCAAGAGGUGGCCGACACACUCCUCGAUGCGACGCAGACACUCUCGCCGCUUAUUCGCCGAUACACUGAAAUUGUGGUGCGCAGCUGCGCCUAUGCGGCGACGGGAAAUGUGGUUGUGAUUCAGAACUUCUUUCACGCCAUUGCCGAGACCGAGGAGCCGGAGGAGCCUGCGGAAAACGCGGAGGACGGGGCAGAGAAUAAGUCGAAGCCCGCCGAUAAGCCGACUCCCUUGAACCACAAGGCUGCUGCCGUUCUCGGGAUUGGACUGGUGGCCCUCGGGGAGGACAUUGGGGUGGAGAUGGCGAAGCGGUCCGUCAUUCAUGCCCUGCUUGUGGACACGGUAAGUAAGGGCGGGACACAUGUCUCGGGCAGGCACGCAAUCCCCCUUGCCUAUGCGCUACUUUCAGCCUCCGACCCGAGCAUGCCUGUGGUGGAGACGCUGAAUCGUCUCUCGCACGACAGCGAUGCGCUGACGGCACUCAACGCCAUACUGGCCUUGGGAAUCGUCUCGGCUGGGAGCAACAACGCCCGAGUCGCGAGCAAGCUGCGUAACUUGGCCUCUUACUAUCACAAGGAACGCUUCCCACUUCAGCACUUUUCUGUUCGUCUGGCGCAGGGGCUGACAAUGAUGGGGAAGGGCCACUUGACACUGUCUCCACUGCUCAAUGACCGCAGGCUGGUGUCGCCGACGGCGCUAAUGGGGCUUCUUGGCUUCCUGCACAGCGCACUAUACUGCGAAAAGACUAUUCUGGGCAAGUACCAUUACAUGCUGCUCACCCUUGCGCCGAGCAUCAGCCCCCGCAUGGUGGUUGCCGUCGAUGCACAGAUGGAGGUCUUCAAGGAAGGGGUGCAGGUGCGCGUGGGGCUCCCCGUGGACACGGUGGCGGUGGCCGGAAAGCCAAAGACCAUCACGGGAUUCCAGACGCACACCACCCCCGUGCUCUUGAGCGCCACGGACAAGGUUGAGGUGGCGUCCGGGAAGCAUCAGGCUGUCGCGACCGUUAUUGAGGGCAUUUUUGUUGUGGAGGAGAAGCCAAAUGUGGAGUAG